CUCUGCUGUCCCGCUUCGGCCCCUGGGGCUCCCGGCAGACGCCUACUCGUUCUGCUCAGUCCCGACUGCCUCUUCCUGGGCACCUGCCGCCCACAUCGCGGCUCGCCCCGCAGGGGGAUGGGGUCUCCUCCCGACUUGGACCGACCCUCCUGGACGCCCCGAGGCUACUCGACCCCGCCCUGACUGCCCAGGCCCCCUGGUGCUGCGGCCCCCCAGGAUGAAGGGCGGCCAGGGGGACGCGGGCGAACAGGCCCCGCUGAACCCGGAGGCCGAGUGCCCCACGGGCUCCGCCACGUACCGGGAGUUCGUGCACCGCGGCUACUUGGACCUCAUGGGGGCCAGUCAGCACUCGCUGCGGGCGCUCAGCUGGCGCCGCCUCUACCUCAGCCGGGCCAAGCUCAAAGCCUCCAGCCGCACGUCUGCCCUGCUCUCGGGCUUCGCCAUGGUGGCCAUGGUGGAAGUACAACUGGAGAACAACUACGAAUACCCACCAGGCCUACUGGUGGCCUUUAGUGCCUGCACCACUGUGCUAGUGGCUGUGCACCUCUUUGCACUCAUGGUCUCCACGUGUCUGCUGCCCCACAUUGAAGCUGUCAGCAACAUCCACAACCUCAACUCUGUCCACCAGUCUCCACACCAGCGACUCCACCGCUACGUGGAGCUGGCCUGGGGCUUCUCCACUGCCUUAGGCACCUUCCUCUUCCUCGCUGAAGUUGUCCUUGUUGGCUGGGUCAAGUUUGUGCCCAUUGGGGCCCCCAUGGGCAAGCCAGCACCUGUGGUACCUGCCUCCCAGGUGCCUGGGACUCUGCCACCAAUGGCCACUUCCCUGCGUCCAGCUUCUCAUCCACCCUCUGCUUCAGUAGCCCCUCCACAGGCUGUGCCAUCUGAGGCCUGCCCACCCCAGCAAGCAUGUGGUGGUAGUGGGGUCCAUGGACCAGGAUGGCAAGCAGCCAUGGCCUCCACGGCAAUCAUGGUACCUGUGGGGCUGGUGUUUGUGGCCUUUGCCCUGCAUUUUUACCGCUCCUUGGUGGCACACAAAACAGACCGCCACAAGCAGGAGUUAGAGGAGUUGAGUCGCCUGCAGGGGGAGCUACAGGCUGUGUGACAGGUGUGUUAGCCACCAGUUACAAGCACUGCCUUCUUCAGGGGUCAGCCGAAGGCCCCUGGUCUAGACCACUGCUCCCUGGCUGCCUGGGAGGAGCAAGGGAGAAAGUGGAAGGUCUUCAGUCUAAGGUUCAUACACUAAGUGGAAGAAAGGCAGGGAGACCCUGGUCAGACCUGUGGUGCUGACCCCUAGCCACUCGCCCCUAUACAGGAUGUGGAGGUCAGAUUACAUGCCCAUCCAACUGCCCUAGAAGGCAGCCAACCCUCCCCUUAUUUUUAUUUGUUAAUUUUUAAAAAUCCUCACCUGAGGCUAUUUUUUCAUUGCUUUUUAGAGAGAAUGAAAGGAAGGGAGGGAGGGCGAGAGACAUCCAUGUGAGACAGACCCAUUGACUGCUUGCCUCCCACACUUGCCCCAACUAGUCGGGGAUGAACCUGCAAGCGGUACAUGCUCCUUUUUUCCCCUCUUCCUUUUGAUUUCAGAGAGGAAGGGAGAGGGAGAGGGAGACAGAAACACCAAUGAUAAGAGAGGAUCAUUGAUUGGCUGCCUCCUGCACACCCAUGAUCUCCUGGUACAUAGGUUGAUGCUCAACCGCUGAGCCACUCUGGCCACACCUAUCAGUCUUGAUGGGUUUCACACUCUUGCUUUAGUUCUAGAGAGGGAUUGGGUGUUCUGCCCAGGCAUAGGUCCAGCCUGUUCUAGGAGCCUCCCUAUUUUUGGAGGUUCAAGUGCCUGUCCAACUCCCCAGACCCACAGUUAAUGCUUCUAUAUCUGCUCUCCCUCUUCUGUGCCAGUCUUGGGGGUCUUUGGAGACUGAGGGCCUGUGUUCCCAGCUUGACUCCCUGGCAAGGGAUGGGGUGAGGAGGUUUUAAGGGGGGUCCAGUCCCUAACCCUUGGAAUACAGAGCUAUUCUGACACUGAGUUUUUGAUGCACCUUGUUUGUAUAAUAAAUUGUGUUUCACAGA